AUGCACGUAUCUGUUACCGUGCCUGCCAAAGACACGGUUAACCAUGUUGGUCGAGCUGGUUAUGCAACACAGAAUGUUAUGGGCGUAUGUGACUUUGACAUGAGAUUCAUCUCGGUCGUGGCUGGAUGGCCAGGUUCGGCACAUGACACAAGGAUAUUCAAGGAUACCUUGGACAAAUAUAAAGAAAAAUUUCCUCAUCCUCCAAGAGGUAAAUUUUAUUUUGUUGAUUCUGGAUACCCCAAUCAGACUGGUUAUCUAGCACCGUUUAGAGGCACGAGGUACCAUUUACCUGAGUAUCAACAUGGCGUCGCUGCAAGUGGUAGGAAGGAAGUCUUCAACUAUCUACAUUCAUCACUCAGAAAUGUCAUAGAACGAUACUUUGCCAUCUUGAAGCAAAGAUGGCGCAUGUUGAAAGCUGUGCCUAGCUACCCACCAAGAAAGCAAGCAAGGAUUAUCAUUGCUUGUAUGGCGUUGCACAACUUCAUACGAGAUAGUAAUUUGUAUGAUUACCACUUUGCUAGAUGCGAUGAUGACGAGGACUACAUGCCUCCCGGCCAUGUCGUCAACACAAGUGGUGGGAGCUAUGUGGGAAGUAGCAACGCCACAAUGGACGCAACUCGUGAUAGAAUUGCUGAUGCUCUGAUGGCUGCAAGAGAGUAG